AUGCCAUGUGGUAUAGGUCAGUAUCAACGGCACGGAUACAGAACAGUGAACCCAGAGCAUGUGAAGAUAUCCCCAUUCACAGAAAAGGAAGUUUGGCAGGUUUGGAUAUCGAGGUUUGAGGCAAUAGGUAUGCGUUACGGAUGGGAUGAUGACACAAGAAUAGACCAGCUAUUACCUCGGUUGGAAGGUCAAGCAGCACAAUUUGUCUUCACUCAACUCCCUCAAGAUGUGAUGCACAAUUAUAAUAUACUGAUUGGUGAGCUAAAUAGCCGCUUCAGAGUCAUCGAAACAGCGAAGUCAUUUGCUUCAAAGUUUGCACACAGGUAUCAACGGCAAGGGGAGUCAGUUGAAGAAUAUGCUGCCAAUAUGCGAGAAUUAUAUGACAGGGCACAUGCACGUCGGGAUAAAAAGACCAGGGAUAAAGAUCUUGUGCGAAGAUUUUUAGAUGGGUUACGUGACGAGGAGGCACGGUUUGAAAUUGAAUUUCACAAGGAUCCAUCGACUCUUGACGAGGCCGUGUACUAUGCCGUUACAUUAAGCGAAGUGAGAAAGUCUCAAGACUCAGAACGCCGCAGGACGUUUGCUCGGGUAGUGCGAGAAGAUCAGUUCUCUCAACGGGGCUCAUCUAAAACACAUACCGAAACAGUCAUGAAGGACAAAAGGCACUUCAACAGAGUUGCGCAAAAUACAAAUAAACAUGUUGAUCAAACUGAGCUCUUAAACGAAAUACUAAAGCGCGUCGAUAAUUUGGAGCAUAAACAACCUGCUUAUAAUAAGGGGCAUCAGCUGAAGAAGGCUGGUGUUGAAUGUUUUAGCUGUCACAAGCUUGGACAUUUUGCGCGUGAAUGUCCGGAGAAGGAUGACAACAAAAUAGAACAAAAGGCAAGUACUCAAGAAACACACAGGCAGGAACCUUUAAACUUCAAGGGACCAGCCCUGUUGGCCAAGGGGAGGUCCAAAAACAUGUAG